GAUCGCUUCCUGCGCGGGCGUAUACAGUAGACGCGUCAAUCAGCGCCGCGUCCCCUCUCACAACCAAAAUUGCGUCCAUCACAGGUCGGGUAGGCCUUCAGGAAGCGCAGCAUGAGACCACCCUCGCCGUCGAUCCCUGAGAAGGAGUUUGUGUUGCGAACGGUGCAGGAGGGUCUACGCCUCGACGGGCGGCAGCCGUUAGAGAUGCGCACCCCGGAGAUCACAUUCGGACCAGAACUGGGCUGGGUAGAAUGCGCGUUUGGGCAGACAAGAGUCGUCGCCCAGGUUGACGCGAAGAUGGUUAGGCCGCCGCCAGAAAGGCCCUUCGAUGGAAUCAUCACCAUACACUCCGAGCUGUCCCCCAUGGCGUCGACGGAGUACGAGAUCGGCCGAGCGUCAGAAGAAGAAGUCGUCAUCACGCGCGUACUCGACAAGCUCAUCAAGCGGAGCGAAGCUGUCGAUCGGGAGUCGCUAUGCGUGCUUGCGGGCGAGCGGGUAUGGCACGUCCGCCUCACCAUUCACUGCCUCGCCGACGCGGGGAAUAUGCUCGACUGCGCCUGCUUCGCCGCCAUGGCCGCCCUGAAACAUUUCCGCCGACCCGAUGUCGAGGUCGUUGGCGAUGAAGUCACUAUCCACCCGCCCUCCGAGCGCGCCCCCGUCCCCCUCGCCAUCAACCAUGCACCCUACUGCCUCACAUUCGCCUUCUUCGGCUCGGGGGCACCCCCGCUCCUGGAUCCUUCCCAACUCGAGGCGACGCUCGCUCUGGGCACGCUUAGCGUCGCGCUGAACGCGCAGCGGGAGAUCUGCGUCAUGCAGAAGAUGGGCGGGGCGCCGCUGGCGGCGGACGAGAUUUUGGGGCUGGUGGACGUUGCGGUCGGGAAGGCGAAGGAGCUGGAUGGGUUAGUCGAGAGGAGACUGAAGCAGGAUUGGGCACAAAGGCAUGUGGAGGUGAGGUGAUGGUUUGAUUCUUUAUGUUUGGGCGCCAUGUACGAUCUGGGUCCGUCAUGUUCUUCUUCGAUCUUGUGUCUCUCAAGUGAUUGCGCUCCAUCCGUCUUUCCAUGUAAGGUCCGGGGACAUAUGCACCCUGAGUUCUCUUUUCCCUCCUACGCUUC